GUUUACCCGAAUGCGAAAAGAAGCUUAUCAGUUGGUGGGACAAAGCACGGGUCCAUUGCAUUCGCCAGCAAGGACGCGGUCGGAGAUGUAGAGACGCUAGAUAUGGCGGUAUUUUGGCGCAGUACAUGAAUGGCGGCAAGCUACAUGCGCGAGCGCAACCACCAGCGCGCCACUCUACAACCACUCUCCGACCCCGCAACAUGGCGGCUUUGCCUCUGCCCGUGCGCUUUCUAUGCCUCUUGGUGGCAGGGGCGCUAGCAGACCCAAGCCCCGGCCGCGUGCCCAAAGUGUACAACGCGCUCAUCACUUCAAACCAGAAUUUGGAGCCCAGCAAGGCGUACCCGGUCUACCAACCAGUGCUACACGACGCAUUCGCGUUCCCAUACCAACCAGCUGUCUUCUACAGAGAUUUUCCGUUGACUAACGGGAUACAACCAGUGCCUGCGGCGCCGUCGAAAGAUGCGAAACCAGUUGCGCCCGCAGCGCCGGAGCCGGCGCCCCAGGAGACUCCGGAACAGAAGCCCUCCGCCGAGGAGAGCCCGGCGCCCAGCUCUCCCCCUAGCCACGAACCCACCCCUGCCCCGCCGCUUCCACCCAACACCCAGUCUCCCAUACCUUUAAAUCAAUUCGGACUCCCACCGCAAGUUCUCCCCUUAGGACGUUUCGAUCCAGCUUACAGUGGAUUCACCCAAGUUGGACCUUUCACAUACACCUACCCCAAUAUUCGAUUCUACGACCCAUACGACCCCUUUUCUUUCAGUAGUUACAGUCCUUAUGCCUUGCCGCCCUUGUACAGGCCUCUGGGAAAUGUCCUGGAGCAAGGGGGGCCAGAACCUUCGGGCAAGGAAACUCUGUCCUCAGCAAGAGGACCUGCACCACAACAGCCACAAGCCCCACCUUCUGAGCCCAGUGAUCUCAAUGUAUUGAACUAUUCCUCGAAGGACCCUGCCAUACCCAAUGUCCCGCCCCCACCCUUGCCGGACGGAGGUCUGAAAUCUGAUGAUAAGUCCGAAUAGUUUCGUAAUAGAGUCGUAAUUUCUAAAAUACAUUAAACUAACA